CCUCUAACAAAAUGUCUGGACGCGGAAAAGGCGCCGGUAAAACCAGAGCCAAGGCGAAGUCCCGCUCCUCCAGGGCCGGGCUGCAGUUCCCUGUGGGCCGUGUGCACAGGCUGCUCCGCAAAGGAAAUUACGCAGAGCGCGUGGGUGCCGGAGCUCCCGUGUACCUGGCCGCCGUGCUGGAGUACCUGACCGCUGAGAUCCUGGAGCUGGCGGGAAACGCGGCUCGUGACAACAAAAAGACCCGUAUCAUCCCCCGCCACCUGCAGCUGGCCGUGCGCAACGACGAGGAGCUCAACAAACUGUUGGGAGGAGUGACCAUCGCUCAGGGAGGCGUGCUGCCCAACAUCCAGGCUGUGCUGCUGCCCAAGAAGACCGAGAAGGCAAAGAAAGGGAGGCAAAGUUUAACUGUUACCAUGAGCGGAAGAGGCAAAACAGGAGGAAAGGCGCGCGCCAAGGCGAAGUCCCGCUCUUCCAGGGCCGGGCUGCAGUUCCCUGUUGGCCGUGUGCACAGGCUGCUCCGCAAAGGAAACUACGCAGAGCGAGUGGGUGCCGGAGCUCCCGUGUACCUGGCCGCCGUGCUGGAGUACCUGACCGCUGAGAUCCUGGAACUGGCGGGAAACGCGGCUCGUGACAACAAAAAGACCCGUAUCAUCCCCCGCCACCUGCAGCUGGCCGUGCGCAACGACGAGGAGCUCAACAAACUGCUGGGAGGAGUGACCAUCGCUCAGGGAGGCGUGCUGCCCAACAUCCAGGCUGUGCUGCUGCCCAAGAAGACCGAGAAGGCCAAGUAAAGCAGCUCCAAGACUCAACAACGGCUCUUUUAA